CCAAGCUGAGAGUGUUUGGGGAGAGCAGGCAUUACUGUUCGGGUGCUCCUCUCUCUUGGUGAUCAUCAUGUCUUUGACCUCUGCUUACCAGCAUAAAUUAGCAGAGAAGCUCACUAUCCUGAAUGAUCGAGGUCAGGGGGUUCUCAUCCGUAUGUACAACAUCAAGAAGACUUGUUCAGACCCCAAGUCCAAGCCACCUUUCUUACUGGAAAAGUCUAUGGAAUCAUCUGUCAAGUACAUCAACAAGAAAUUUCCCAACCUAGAUGUCCGAAACAGCACGCAACACUUAGGACCUGUACAUCGAGAAAAAGCUGAGAUAAUCAGAUUCCUCACCAACUACUACCAGUCAUUUGUGGAUGUCAUGGAAUUUCGGGAUCAUGUAUAUGAACUUCUCAACACGAUUGAUGCCUGCCAGUGUCAUUUUGAUAUCAAUCUCAACUUUGACUUCACUCGGAGUUACCUGGACUUGAUCGUGACUUACACCUCUGUUAUUUUGCUGCUGUCGCGAGUUGAGGAUCGACGGGUACUCAUUGGCAUGUACAACUGUGCCCACGAAAUGCUGCAUGGGCACAGUGACCCCAGUUUUGCUCGUUUGGGUCAGAUGGUUUUAGAAUAUGAUCACCCUCUGAAGAAGCUGACAGAAGAGUUUGGGCCUCACACAAAGGCAGUGAGUGGAGCCCUUCUCUCUUUGCAUUUCCUCUUUGUCCGGAGGAACCAGGGGGCUGAGCAGUGGCGCAGUGCCCAGCUUCUCAGUCUCAUCAGCACUCCCCCAGCCAUGAUUAACCCUGCUCACUCAGACACAAUGGCUUGUGAGUAUCUGUCUGUGGAAGUGAUGGAGCGCUGGAUUAUCAUCGGGUUUCUUCUCUGUCAUGGGUGCCUCAACGCCAACAGCCAGUGCCAGAAGCUGUGGAAGCUGUGUCUGCAGGGCUCCCUGUACAUCACUCUCAUCCGGGAAGAUGUACUGCAGGUGCACAAGGUUACCGAGGACCUGUUUAGCAGUUUGAAAGGGUAUGGCAAGCGUGUGGCAGAUAUCAAGGAGAGUAAGGAAUAUAUGAUUGCCAACAGUGGCCAGUUUCACUGUCAACGGCGGCAGUUUCUGCGGAUGGCUGUGAAGGAGCUGGAGACCGUGUUAAUGGAUGAGCCAGGACUACUGGGUCCUAAGGCCCUUUUUGCUUUCAUGGCCUUGUCCUUCAUUCGUGAUGAAGUCACCUGGCUGGUUCGCCAUACAGAAAAUGUCACCAAGACAAAGACACCUGAAGACUAUGCUGACUCGAGCAUUGCUGAGCUACUUUUCUUGCUGGAAGAGAUCAGGGCUCUGGUGCGAAGACACAUCAAAGUGGUACAGCAAUACCACCUUCAGUACUUGGCCAGAUUUGAUGCUCUUGUGCUCAGUGACAUCAUUCAGAACCUGUCUGUGUGUCCAGAGGAGGAGUCUGUCAUCAUGUCCUCAUUUGUCAGUACCCUCUCCUCGUUGAAUCUCAAACAAGUUGAUAGUGGAGAGAAAUUUGAAUUCUCUGGAUUGAGGCUGGACUGGUUCCGUCUUCAGGCAUACACCAGCGUAGCCAAGGCCCCCCUUCACCUGCAUGAGAACCCUGACCUGGCCAAGGUGAUGAAUCUCAUUGUCUUUCACUCCCAAAUGCUGGACUCAGUAGAGAAAGUGCUGGUGGAGACUUCUGACCUGUCUACUUUCUGCUUUCAUCUCCGCACCUUUGAGAAGAUGUUUGCUAUGACCCUGGAGGAACCCACCAUGUUGCGUUAUGCCAUUGCUUUUCCCCUCAUCUGUGCCCAUUUUGUCCACUGCACUCAUGAGAUGUGCCCAGAGGAGUACCCUCAUCUGAAGAACCAUGGUCUUCACCAUUGCAAUUCCUUCCUGGAAGAGUUGGCCAAGCAGACCAGCAACUGUGUCCUGGAGAUCUGUGCUGAACAGCGAAACCUGAGUGAGCAGCUUCUGCCUAAGCACUGUGCCACAACCAUCAGCAAGGCCAAGAAUAAGAAGACCAUGAAACAGAGGCAGGCUCCCAGGAAAGGCGAGCCAGAGAGGGACAAGCCAGGAGCUGAGAGUCACCGGAAGAACCGCAGCCUUGUCACCAACAUGGACAAGCUACAUCAGCACUUGAUGGAACUGGCACUGGCUAUGAAUCAUGUACAUAGUUUCUCUGUGUUUGAACACACUAUCUUCCCUUCUGAGUAUCUCAGCAGUCACCUGGAGGCCAGACUCAACAGAGCCAUUGUGUGGCUGGCUGGCUACAAUGCCACGACUCAGGAGAUCCUAAGGCCUUCCGAGCUGUUGGCAGGAGUCAAAGCAUACAUUGGGUUCAUACAAUCGCUGGCCCAGGUUUUGGGUGCAGAUGUGUGCAGAGUCAUCCGCAAUGCUCUCCUGCAGCAGACCCAGCCCCUGGACUCUUGUGGGGAGCAGACCAUCACCACGCUCUACACAAACUGGUACUUGGAGAGUCUGCUCAGACAGGCGAGCAGUGGAACCAUUGUCCUCUCCCCAGCCGUGCAGGCCUUCGUCAGCCUCCCCAGAGAGGGUGAGCAGAACUUCAGCGCAGAGGAGUUCUCAGAUGUCUCUGAGAUGCGGGCCUUGGCUGAGCUCCUGGGUCCUUACGGCAUGAAGUUUCUGAGUGAAAACCUGAUGUGGCACGUGACCUCUCAGAUCAUGGAGCUGAAGAAGCUGGUAGUGGAAAACAUGGAUACACUUGUUCAGAUCAGAUCCAACUUUAGCAAGUCUGACUUGAUGUCAUCUCUGCUGCCCCAGCUGACAGGGGCUGAGAAUGUGCUGAAACGCAUGACCAUCAUUGGAGUGAUCCUCAGUUUCAGGGCCAUGGCCCAAGAGGGGCUUCGAGAGGUUUUCUCCUCCCACUGCCCAUUUCUCAUGGGUCCCAUUGAAUGCCUGAAGGAGUUUGUCACUCCAGACACAGACAUCAAGGUAACACUGAGUAUCUUUGAGCUGGCAUCUGCUGCGGGGGUAGGCUGUGACAUUGACCCAUCUCUGGUGGCUGCCAUUGCCAAUCUGAAAGCUGAUAGCUCAUCCCCUGAAGAGGAAUACAAGGUGGCCUGCCUGCUGUUGAUAUUUCUUGCUGUUUCCCUCCCACUCCUUGCCACUGACUCUUCUUCUUUCUAUAGCAUUGAGAAGGAUGGUUAUAACAACAACAUCCACUGCUUGACCAAGGCCAUCAUCCAGGUGUCUGCUGCUCUCUUUACGCUCUACAACAAGAACAUUGAAACGCACCUCAAGGAGUUUCUGGUGGUGGCCUCUGUCAGCCUCUUGCAGCUGGGCCAGGAGACUGACAAACUUAAAACCAGAAAUCGAGACUCCAUUUCUCUGCUCAUGCGCUUGGUGGUAGAGGAGUCAUCCUUCCUGACCCUGGACAUGCUGGAGUCCUGUUUCCCUUAUGUCCUGCUUCGAAAUGCCUAUCGGGAGGUAUCACGGGCCUUCCACCUGAAUCGGGUGCCUGCCAAUACCUACUGAAAGGCCCUUUGCAUCCGUCAAAAGCUGUGUCAGAGUGGAAACUGUGGUCAUUUUCUCAAGGGGUGGGAGUGGGGUGGGGUCACUAGGGAGAGUGUUAGAAGCCAGAGCUGAUAAACAGAUAUUUAGAAAAACAGUCCAGGGCAGAGAAAUUAUAGAGAAAGAAGUAGGGCAUGCUGGAGGAAUGGAGGACAGUUUAUGCACAGUUGGGGGACUGGGGCCACAUUUGUGAAUUUUUAUCAUGAAAAAUAAGCAAUAUAUAAAUACAUUUCCUUUCUUCUAGUGACUAGAGCUUGAGCUCUGUCAGGGAUGGGCCCCUCCGACCUUCAUCACUAUUCUAGGAUAACGCUGGCAGGCAGAGAUGAUCAAUCAUCAUAUUAAACCAUAAUGAGCUUAUAAUCCUCCCACUGGAGCUGCUAUUGUCUCCUGCACAUUCAUUAGGACGAUUAUCUCCUCUCUUCCUUUCCCAAAUGUGUUCAGCAAACAUCCAACCUGUUCCUACUGCAGAGGAGCAGAAAAGGGACCACUCUUCUCCAUGGGGCUCUUCCUUUGCCUUUAUUUGUCUGCUUUUCCCACUGGGGCAGGGAGGGCACUUCCUCCAGUGGGAGUUUCACUGCCCUCCCCAAUUGUGGGUUAUGAGUACAUUUUCUGCUGUUCUCACCUGUCUGCUUUUUCUUUGAUAUUUCCAUAACCCAGAGUAGAGGGGUAGUCUAGGUUAAUCCUAGGUCAUGUGACAGCCAAGUGGAUCAGACUCAUGUGGGUUUUCCCUCCUGUACCCAUUUGGGGAACAUUCUGUCUCCUAUUCUGGAGGGACUAACUUAACCCCAAAUCCUCUUUUCAACCUAGAUACAGCUGUUGCUCCAGGCAGGGAUUUCUUUUCUAGAUCUUAAAUUUCACAGACCUCAUUAGGUUGUAGGGCCCUGAGAGUUCACAUCCUUGAGGGAGUAUAAGUUGUUUUAACUUAGCCUUUUUCUGCACUAAUUAGAAUUUCAAGUGUCACAGAGCCUGGGGCAUUCGAGAUAGCACUAAACUAGGUUUAGUUAACUUCAUGACAGGAAGCAGUGGCCCCAUCAUCCAUCACCACUGCCAGGGAGGACUGGAGCACCAGAUCAUGUACGUCACAGUCUGGAGUGGUUGGAUUGGGCAAAUUUAAUUAGCUAGUUGAUUAAUUAGAGUCAUGCCCAUAUUUUUAUGAUGAGAGGGAAGCAAUUGUUGGCUGUCAGUAAAACCAUUCGGCCUUCAUUAAACCUAUUUGAUAGCUGCUUUGGAUUUUAUGUGUUUUUAUUUCUCCAGACGUGGACUUAGUCAAUACUUUCUUAACUUUGCACCAACAAUCAACACACAAGUUUUUCUUAGCAACAGCUGUCUGCUCUGUAGGAAAGAAGCAACAGAGAAUCCUGCUUCAUGCCUCAGCUAAUUGUCCUUCCUUGCUAUGGGAAGGACAUUGCGUUCUAAGGAGUGAUUCAGUGUCAGGCCUACUGAGAUUGUGAGCACAGCUGACAAAGAAGAGAAGGCUCAGAAGGAUCUAAUCAAUGACCCUUAAUAUCUCUGCUCAUUUCUUCAACUUGAAUGGAUAGAGACCCUUCCCCAUUUGCUUGGGACAUUACUUAAGGCAUCCUCCCAGAGCACAGCAAGACAAGUUGAUACAAGGACAUGGAGGGCAAAUAUAACACCUCUUUUAAAUAGAAAAUUCUGG